AGAAUGAGGUUCGGGAGUGUCUCCGAAUACUUUAGUACUCUUGAUCGGUUGAUCGACAUUGCUACAUGGACCAGUGCUACAGAAGCGGCUAAAUCGCUCUCUAUUAACGACGAUCACACCACUCUUCCAUUCUUGCACAUUGACGGAUAUGGUGCUCGAAAGAAUCGGUCGUUCAUCGAGGACGAGGCUUUUGAUCAAAUUGUUUGUUUGCACUUGCAAGUGAUCUAUCAUAUACAUGUUUCACGUAACUAUGAAGCAGCCUAUACUACUCAUACACAGAUUAUGCAGGCAUUCAAUAAGGAAGUAUUGCAAAAGAAAAAAGAAGUGAACUGGUUUAUGCCGAUUUUUCAUCAGUUAUGCUCUGAUCUGCGUAAUAUUGCGAAAAUGGCUGACGAACUUACGGAGAAGGACGACGAGAUCGAAAACAUCUCGUCGUACUAUGAACAGUCGGCCAAUUAUAUUAUGGAAGCAUACAGGACUUGUACUUCCGAUGUGAGAGCAGAUCCCUCCACGACUAAGAAAAUCGCAGUGCUAAAUAUGACUAAUCAGCUUUUUCGUAUAUACUUCAAGUUACGUAUCAACAAGUUGAAUCUAUUGAAACCUUUGAUUCGCGCCAUCGAUAAUUCGGGAGCACUUUAUCAGUCAUUCUCGAUGGCUGACAAGGUUACAUACAAUUAUUUUUUGGGAAGGAAGGCUAUGUUCGAUGCUGAUUUACCAUUAGCCGAGAAAUCGUUGUCGUAUGCGUUUCGCAAUUGUCCGUCAGAAUGUCUUUCGAAUAAAAGGCUUGUGCUCAUCUACCUCAUUCCUGUCAAAAUGUUUCUUGGCCAUAUGCCCACUGCUCAGUUACUUCACAAGUACCAACUGGAUGAGUUUCAUGACGUUGUGGAUGCCGUGAAAGAGGGAAAUCUUGCUAAAUUGGAUCAAGCACUUGAGGCGAACGAGCACUUUUUUAUACAAUGCGGGAUCUUUCUUAUGCUGGAGAAGUUGCGUGCCAUAACGUUCCGUACGUUGUUCAAAGCAACAAUAAUUGGAGGCCAUCUGAUUCCGUUGAAGGCGUUCUACAUAAUUAUACAAUAUCUAGGCAUUACAGAUGUUGAUGAAGAUGAACUGGAGUGUAUUGUUGCAAAUCUUAUAGCUGAGAAAAAGAUAAAAGGUUACAUUUCGCAUCAACACCAAAAAUUAGUAAUAAGUAAGAAGGAUCCAUUUCCACCGCUGUCUUCUGUAUAG